UUUAAAAAAAUUAUCCUACUUUGUAUCUAAAACAAUGUUUCCAAAAGUCGAAGAAUCAAAGCUAAUAAAGAACGAGUUUAGCAGAUUAAAAGGAAUUUGUUAUCUGGACCACGUGGGUUCAGCACUGUACGCUGACAGUCAAAUAAACAACGUGAUGAAAGAUCUAAAAACUAACUUGUACGGAAAUCCUCAUUCGACUGGUGUUCCUUCAGAAGCUUGCGAAAAACUCAUAAAUAAUAUUCGAUUUAAGAUCCUCGAACACUUUAACACGGUACCCGAAAAGUACAGCGUAGUUUUCACGUCGGGUGCCACCGGAGCAUUGAAAACUGUAGCUGAAUGUUUUGCGUGGGACGAAGACGACGACUACCAAUCAAAAGACGCAUUAGAUACAGUUUGCCGAUCGCGAGGUAGUACUUUCGCGUAUACGGAAGACAAUCACACUUCGGUGUUGGGCAUGCGAGAAUUGAAUCCGAUGGUGAAUCCACUGUGUCUAACUCGAAACGAAGCUCACGAGGCUUUGGACAAGAUGCCGUCUUCGUCUACGAGCAAUCGUCGUUCGGCAAAUUUUAGAAAUUCGUUGUUCGUUUAUCCAGCUCAAUCCAAUUUUUCCGGCAUGAAAUAUCCUCUGAAAUGGAUCGAAACGUGUCGGAAUGGCGCGCUUGAUCAGUACACCGGAAAUCGGAUCAAGUCUAGAUGGUACACUGUCCUGGACGCCUCCUCUUACGUGCCCACUAACCAUCUGGAUUUGAAAAAAUACACACCCGACUUUAUUGCUGUGUCGUUUUACAAAAUGUUUGGUUAUCCAACUGGUCUAGGAGCGCUAUUGGUCUGUAAUAAAACAGGCGUGGCGGUACUCCGUAGAAAAAAAUAUUUUGGCGGCGGCACGGUUGAAGUGGUCCUUGCACGUGAUCGACAUCACGUGUUUAAAAAAAAUUUCCAUGAAAAGUUCGAAGACGGUACGGUCGACUUCUUGUCGGUGAUCGCGGUCGGCCACGGACUCGACGCCCUGCGCGCGCUGGCCGGCCCGAUGCGGGCGGUGGCCAGCAGGACGUUCAGACUGGCCGCGUACCUGUACGACAGGAUGUCCGGGGCGCGGCACGGAAAUGGAUCGCCGGUGUUCCGGAUGUACGCGGACACGGCGUACCAGUGCGAGAGCACACAGGGUGGCGUCGUGAACUUUAACGUGCUCAGGUCCAACGGCGAAUACGUCGGCUACAAUGAGGUAAGAAACGUAGCCAAUAUCUACGGUAUAGUACUCCGAGUAGGUUGUUUUUGCAACCCCGGUGCUUGUCAGGCGCAUUUGGGUCUUACAGACCAGGAAUUGAGACGAAACCAAGAGGUGAUAGGUCACGUUUGCGGCGAUCAUAUUGAUCUUAUUGACAACCGGCCGACAGGAUCAGUUCGGGUUUCGUUCGGCUAUCAGUCGAGCAAAUCGGACGCCGAUACACUUUACAAUACACUCGUCGAAAAAUUUUGGCAGAACGAUCCAGUGAAACCCGUUGACCGACAACAGAACACAGUCGACGAAUACAAUAAAAUGGAUUUACAUGUGUCGAGGAUUUUCGUUUAUCCGAUCAAGUCUUGCGGGGCAUACGAAACGGAUGAAUGGCAAUUGGAAUCAUACGGGUUUCAAUACGACCGAAACUGGGCAGUGAUCAGUAAGACGGGAGUGUGUAUGACGCAAAUGGAAGAGCCAAAACUCUGUCUAGUGCGACCUUAUAUCGAUUUACAAAAGAGAACCAUGACCCUCGAAUACGCCGAAAACAAAGAUGAAAUUCCUAUGGUAGUUUCACUGGAUACGAAACACGACACCAAGAAAAUGGGCAAAAUAUGUUGGGGUGGAUCCCUGGAAGGAAUCGACUGUGGCGACGAAGUGGCCGAAUGGCUCAGUUGGAACCUCGACCAGCCCGGGUUGAGACUCAUAAGGUGCACUGUCCGUAAACCGCCAGUGCAAAACAAGUAUGGAAAGUUAGACCCAAAAGUAUUGGGUGCUAACCAAUGCCAGUAUCUAUUGACCACAAAACCAACGCUCAAAUGGUUACAGAGCGAAAUGGAAAACGAUAUAACGGAAAUAAGUGAAGAUAGUUUGCUAUUUCGAUUCCGAGGUAACUUAGUGAUCUCUGGCAACGAUCUACCAGCCUAUGCCGAAUUGACUUGGGACCAAUUGGACAUCGGAGGUGUCAAAUUUCAAUUUGAUUCGGCAUGCGAAAGGUGCAAAAUGGUGAAUAUCGAUCAGGACACAUCGGAGAGCAAUUAUAAACCACUGUCCAUAUUAGCCCAACACAAGUGGCAAGACAAAAGCAUUUUCGGAAUCUAUAUCAAACGAGAAGAUACGCAAAAAUGUAAAAUACGAGUUGGACAAAAAUGCACAGUUAUAAAAAAAAAUAUGUGAUUUGUGAGGAUAUAUAAUUACAAUGUGAUUAUAAGUGUAUGUUUGAAUGAAAAAACAAUUUUGACACGAUAAUCGUGUACCUAAAUCAUGAUAAGAGAACGAAAGCAUUAUUUUUUUAUGAUUAUAAAUAUUUUUACUACAGUUAUUAAUGUGAUCCUCGGGCCUUAAAGAUGUCGGAAUAAAAAAUAUAAUUAUGCUUAAUUUGGACGCACACGAAUUGAUGUUCCAGUUAAGAAUUAAGAAUAUAGUAAAUAUAUCUUUAUGUCAUAUUACAUUGUAAACGAAAAGAAAUUAUUAUAGGUAUCUAUGAAUUAUUA